AUGAAUCAGCUCGCUAUAUUUCAAAUCCCACUUACUAUUGCACAUAAAUUGGAUGCCAUGAUUGCCCAGUUCUUUUGGAAAAAUUCUUCUCAGCAGGGAAUUCAUUGGAAACGAAAGGAAAUCAUGCAUCGGCCAAAAGGUCAAGGAGGGCUCGGCAUUCGUAAUAUUGGAUGCUUCAAUAAAGCACUGCUUAUGAAAAAGGUGUGGCGUAUUGUUCAUCAGCCACAGCUUUUGUUCUCAAAGGUGUUCCAGUCGAUUAGUCACAGUGCUUCGUGGAUCCGUCCUACCUUGCAUAAGCUCUCCUUGGGUCGGAGGGGACUCCUUAUGGCGGGUCAAACUUUGAAAGAUACUUGUGCCUGGAAAGUGGGCAAUGGCCUUCAUAUUCGAGCUGCCUCUCAAGCUUGGGUGUAUGGUAAGAUACCAACAUUUAGAGAUUGUGUCACGUUACGUGACGCUGCAGACACAUCUGUUGCCGACCUUAUUCUUCCUAACAAUCAGGGUUGGAAUGCUCGUAAAAUCAAUUAG